AUGGAAAACAUACGGAACCAACUUGCACAACGCACCCACAUACCCGGCCUCACCAGCUACCGCUCGCAAUCCCCGCUUUCAACAUCAUUACAGCCCCCGUUCUUCAUGUCGUCAUCUACAGGAGCUGCAACGCCGAACGACGGAGCAAACCCUGCCAAAAAGAGUAAGGCGGCUAUCAUCGCGCAGCUAGCGGAGCAUGAGGUGCGAUUGGAACAAAUGAUGGGCGACCUGAAAGCUUUGCAGAAGGAGUUCAGUGAUGAGGAGGACAGCCGUAGAAAUGGGGAUACCUCAGCAUUAAAGCAAUUGGUAGAGCAUGACACAAGGCUGAAAAGCCUCGACGCACGCAUAGCCGAGCUGGAGCAGGAACGGAGUGACAUACUGGCGCGUGCUGAAAAAUCAGAUGGCUCGGAUUCAGGUUUGAACGACUCACUUGGAAGCGAAGAUGAAAAGAAGGUUGCAGCAAAGGAAAGUGCGUAUCGUGAUACAAGCUUCAAGGAGCUCGUGCGCCAUGCCUUCCAGCUCCGCCUCGGUAUUCCCAAUCUCUUGGCCAAGACAUUGCCGUGGAAUAAUGAGGGUGACGAGAUACCCAUUGAAUCUUCAACAAACAAGCAAUACAUCCGUUUCCGCUGGGAAGAGAGAUGGGACUCUAAGGCUAAUUAUCCGGUCAUUCAGGAGCUCACAGCAUAUGUACAGAAGCAUGGAGCAGACCUCGUACCUGCAGCUGCGACCGCUCUUCGUGCAUUGGGUGAACGGGAUAUACAGGAGCGUGUUGCCGAGAAGUACAAGGCGCUGCAGAAGGGUCUCCGUAAUGCGGGUAUUUUGGACGCGCAGGGACAUCGUGUCACCAAGAAAGAAGAGCCAACCGACGACGCAGGCGGCAUCCAGGGAAUUGGAGAUGGAGCCGAGGAGAAGCACGAGAUCAAGAAACUUUCACCGGCAGUCUUACAAAGUCGCGCGAAAGGGAAACUUCAAGUUCGGCUGCGAAAGCGCGGAAACUUACCCAGUGAUUCACUGUACCGCAACCCCAAGUAUGAUACCGCCUUCGUUGAAACUCUCAUGUCUGCGGAUGAAGACGUUUUCGAUGUGAAUGGUGCAUUCGCUGGAUCGUAUAAAUCUAUAGCACCUGCUUAUCGUAGUGCAGAGCUGAUUGAGCUCUUCAAUGCCGUCGAUGCCGCAAAGGACCACAAGCCGAGUUCUAGAUACAUUCCUCGCAUUAAGGUUGCCGAGACGGUCGAUGUCCCUCCCCGAGUAUCUCACAAGAUGGAGAACAGGGCCCGGCGCUGGAUGAUUGAUCCGGAAUGGCUCACUCAGAAUCAGGUAUACGAUGUCGAGUCUCGCAUCGUGAAUAGUGGUAAGGCCUGGGGCGAUGAAGAGGACCCAGAAGUCUUGGUGGAGAAACAGAAGAGAGUCCGUGAGGAGAAAGCCGAGAUGAACCAGACCAAGAAGCUGCGCUUGACAAAAGAUGUUGAAGGGCGUGCCAAGAAAGACAAGAAGAAGGGGAAGAAGAAGGGGAAGAUGAGCGAGAAGAAGGCUGAGAAGGAGAAGGUAGCGAGCGGUUCAAAUGUGCACGUUCUAGAUCCUGCACUCGACGGUGAUGCUGGGAAAUCCUCUUCCGAGUUCAAUGACUCGGACUGA